AGCAGAACGUAGCUGACGCCACCGAUCCUGGUGACAGCUUCCUCGCGCGUCUUGAUGCGCGCCGCGAAGGCCGUCAUCCCAGGUGCCGAAACGGCGCGAGAGCGCGAAGGCGCCGAGCCUCCCUGCACCUGAGGAGGCAGCUGACCGCAGGACAAAACGUGCGGAAUUGGUGCACGGGUCUGUCACCCGAGAACCAUUAUGAUAAUGUGGAUGGCGGCCCUGCUUGAUACGAUACAGGGUAUGGAUGCCGCUCGCACGCAGCUACAAGUUGCAACUCUCAGCCAGGAGCACGCAGCGUUGGCUCGAGUACGCCCUACACCCUGCACCUGUGGCGGAAGGACAAGGGCGUCGGAUGACGAUCGCCCAUCAUAGACACAGCUAACAAGUGGCCUCGCUGCACACCUCCGCUAGAUUUGCGCAAGGUCGUCGAGAUGCCCUUGCACCCCCCUCCCGGAGGGAGGUCCCCUCAUGGAAGGAGGGGCCCUCCCGGAAGGGGGGCCCUCUCUAUGAGGCCACGAAGCGUGUGAAGGGCGUGCUGACAUGGGUGUGGUGCCGCCAUGCGUGCGCUGCCAUGCGCCUCGGCUGCCUGCCGACUAGGAAGCUUUGCGCCAAGAGGGCCCGAGGGGCGGACUGCCGGCUCCUCCCGCCAGGCGCCCGGGGCACGCAGCGCGGCAUCGGCCUCUGCAACUUCGUCGGGGGGCGGCCGGGAUUGCGCCCGACGGCUGCCAGAGGACCAGUUGAAACGGAUCGGAAAGGUAAAGCUCCGACGCAAUCCAGCGAGCAUGGAAGCGGGACCCCGAAGCCAAGCUGAGAGCGGCCAGCUUCCGAAGUGGGCCUCUGAGAUGAAUGGAGCGGGCACGGCCUGUGGUGGGCGCGAGGGCCAACGGCAAGUUGUCGACCAACCAGGCGCUCCGAAGAAGGGGACUGGCAGCCAGGACUAACGCCUCCCCCUCCAGGGCCAGCAUGUUCUUGUCCUCCGAGUAAGUGGAAGAACGGACCCUCGAAGUGAUAGAACGGGGUAUUUUUGGUCCUACCUGCAAGGCUCACAGCAUGACCUUCUGUGCCGAUGGUGGUGAGAUCUGAAGACGCAUCUGGAUUGGCACCGUGGCCCUUUCGCCAGUGCCUCCGACGCGUUGCGGGGUUCUUCCGGGGACAGCGCGCGGGACAAACUAUCCAAUUCAAUCUCUCGUUGUCGCUUGUUUGCCUGCUGCUGAUUGACCUGUCCGGUGCGGGCCUCCGCCGCACUGCGCUGAAAACCUCUGUUCCUGCCCCGCCCCCGGCCCCAGCCCGCGGCACCGCGGCCCCCUGCCGCGAGCGAGGGCGGCUGGGGCAGGUGGAGGCGGCCUUGGGCCACCUACAGGAGGCCGCUCGCCAGCUUCGUACGAGAAAGCAAACAUCUGGAGCCAAAAUGGCUGCGUUUCUCAUCAUGGACGGUGGGGAGGAGACGGAGGACGAGGAUCAAGAGAAGCAUUCGGAUGAGGGGGCGGGGAAGAACGGAAAAGGGUGACACCCUUUAACAUAGGACGCACACGGUGCUCGGACCGCAUUGGGCCAUGGCCGCACGGGGUUAGGCAUGCCAGCGGCAAAUCCCACGGAAUGUCGUCGUAACGGCCCGUAAGUGGAAGAACGGACCCUCGAAGUGAUAGAACGGGGUAUUUUUGGUCCUACCUGCAAGGCUCACAGCAUGACCUUCUGUGCCGAUGGUGGUGAGAUCUGAAGACGCAUCUGGAUUGGCACCGUGGCCCUUUCGCCAGUGCCUCCGACGCCUUGCGGGGUUCUUCCGGGAACAGCGCGCGGGACAAAAUAUCCAAUUCAAUCUCUCGUUGUCGCUUGUUUGCCUGCUGCUGAUUGACCUGUCCGGUGCGGGCCUCCGCCGCACUGCGCUGAAAACCUCUGUUCCUGCCCCGCCCCCGGCCCCAGCCCGCGGCACCGCGGCCCCCUGCCGCGAGCGAGGGCGGCUGGGGCAGGUGGAGGCGGCCUUGGGCCACCUACAGGAGGCCGCUCGCCAGCUUCGUACGAGAAAGCAAACAUCUGGAGCCAAAAUGGCUGCGCUUCUCAUCAUGGACGGUGGGGAGGAGACGGAGGACGAGGAUCAAGAGAAGCAUUCGGAUGAGGGGGCGGGGAAGAACGGAAAAGGGUGACACCCUUUAACAUAGGACGCACACGGUGCUCGGACCGCAUUGGGCCAUGGCCGCACGGGGUUAGGCAUGCCAGCGGCAAAUCCCACGGAGUGUCGUCGUAACGGCCCGA